ACACACACACACACACUGGAGGACGAAGCCAAAGGAAAGCAAGACAGACAGACAGACAGACAGACAUACAAGAAAACAGGCAGAUGGACAAACGUGCACAUGGAAAAGUGGACAUGGACGUGGUGAGGACGAAAGGAUCGUCCCUGCACAGAAGCACAAGAUCUGGUGAUGGGGUCCAUACUAGCAUAGUCAUCACCCUGCUGAUUGGGGUAUGGUGUGCACAGGCAUUGGAAGUAUCAGUGGGGAAGGUUAGCUUUGUUGAGGUGAUGAAUGGUAGCUCGGUACUCUUACCUUGUACCUACAGUAGCUGCAUCGGCAUCAAGAAUCUGUACUUCAACUGGAAGUAUAAUGACAAUGGGACAAUGGAAAUGCUUUGUGAUGGCAUCAUCCCAGCUGAGGGUUUGGAGCCCCACGUGAUGAUCCACCAUGAGCGUGUGAUGUUUGUGGGCUCCAGUAAGGAAAAUAACAUCUCUGUCCUGCUGUCAAAUGUCACCUUUGAGGAUGAGGGCGAGUACACGUGCUUUGCUCGCAACCCCAAAGAGAAGAACCGAAACCACAGUGCCGUAUUCAACCUCAUCGUCGUUGACCAGCUUAAGGAAGUGGACAACACGGUGACGAUAAUCAUUGUAUCUGUGAUUGGAGGGCUUAUUGGGUUGAUCAUUAUCAUCAUGGCAAUAAAGGCAGUGGUCAACCACUUUCUCAACAAGGCCCAAGAGAAAAAUAAAGAGUGCCUUGUGAGUUCUUCAGGAAAUGACAACACAGAAAAUGGCCUUUCAGGAUCCAAAGCAGACAACAAAGCAUCACCAAAGGCAUAAAAAUAUAAGUCCAUGUGCAUAAAUCUGCAGAUAUGUGGAUACAGAGUUAAAGCUAUACAUGCAGUAUGGACCGUUUUAUCUUUAUGGAAAACAAAAUGCAAAUAUUAAUUCAGAUAUAUUCUAGAAAUGUGCUCAGUAUAUUUUAGAAGUAUUUAGUCUGAUUUUUGGGCUGGAUUGCACACCUUUAGACGACGGUCAAUUUCCAAGGAGCUUAAGUGUACAGUACGGUACAAAAGUCUUAGAUACAAGAAAAGAAAAAUCUGUCGGUAAAAAUGCCUUCAACAGAAAUGAAACAAAAAAUAUCCCAUAAAGAGCAGUAAACAGUCAUGAAGUAAACAAAAUCAAUAUUUGGUGUCAAAUAUUCUGGAGACUUGGUCACACUUACUGCUUUUUGCAGGUAAAACCGAACAUGAUGUUGGAUUAUUAUUAUUUUUUUUAAUUGACAUACAAACAUGUUUCUGGACCACUGAAGAUUUUUUGUUGAAAAAGUAAUGUUUGAAAAUCUAAAAUGUUUCAGUACAGACUAAAAAAAAGAAAAUUAGAAGUCACAAAAGUCGAUAAAAUUUGUGAUCAAGAAACGAGGGUGUCUAAGACAUUUAAACAGUACUGUAUCUGUACACAUAGAACAUACAGACAGGUGACAAAUUAAAGGAAAAAAAACAAGGUGGCUGAAAACAUUACUCUUAUUUCUCAGUGAUGUGAAGAACACUUAGUUUUCUAAUUUAGUUUUUUCUCACAAAUCACACGACUGCCUGAGCGUCAUGGUCACUAAAUGUUGAAACAUCACCAGCCGUCUUUGUGACUGAAACUCCUGCCAUCUUUUUGCCAGUGUUCCUUCAAAGAUGUUUUCCGUUUCUCUUCUUGAUCGACGAUGGUCACAUGAGCCAUAAGUGACUUGAUCGUGCUCAGCACUCCACAGGGUGGGACGCGAAACAUUUCAUCGUCCCAGUGUUUCUCCACUCAUUUAUUCAGGGCUGUUCUUUAAUUUGUCACCUGAAUGUGUUCAUGUGUUCGUGUUAAAGUAGACCCUCCCCUGGGUGUAAUUCAAAUAUUUUAAUGUGAACAAAAUCCACACUGCCUUUUGGAUUAAAUAUUAACCAUAACUACAAGUGUCUACAAUCUGCAGCCCAGAUCUGAGCCACCUUGUGAAAGGUAUAAAGGGGAUAUCCAGCCCAGAAUCACAAACAUUUUAUUUGCAAACACAUGUCCUGGAGGUCCAGAACACUUGACUUGGAUGUGUUCUCUGCUCCAACACAUCUGAUUUCACACACAUUGGAUGAUUAAAGAAGAGGUUUAUUAGCUGUGUUAGAAAAGAGAAACUCUUGUUAAGGUCCUGUAGCCUUCCAGGACAGCUUUAGUGUAUUACUGAUAUCUAUAAUGAUAUACAUAUAUAAUAUUUAAAAAAAAACACACGUGCCUGCUAAUGCUUCCAACUUUUCUUGCUUUUAGGGAGUCUUUAACUGCUAUGAAAAUUUAUCUGCUAUGUAAAGGGGGGGAAAGAAAAAAAUCUUCCUAUAGAAGAAGUUCUUUAGUAAAUUAAGACAAUCCCACCCCUUUAAGAAGAAGAAGAAAAAAGUUUCUCUCUGCGGAAAACGAAUGAUCCUUUCUGAUGCUGCUUUUAACAAGUUAACCAAUGCAUUUUUUUUAAGGAACAAAAAAGAAAGCAUGUAAAUGAUUUAUGUGUGUGCUCUUACCGGCUUCCCACUGCACUCAGACCACAACCGAGUGAAAUGAUCCGCUGUUGGGAGAAAGAGGAGGUCUGUUUAUAGUCUGAGUGUCAUAAAUGUACCCACUUUAUGAGUGUACGGUAUUAGGAUGGAGAGAGAGAGAGAGAAAGAGCAAGCAAGCUGAGUGACAAGCACAAACAAUACAACUCAGUGUAUAAAAAUCCUGAAACCAUAUUUAUUAUUACAAGUACAGAACUGCUUGUAAUAGUAAUAGUGGUAUUGCAAAUUAUUGCUGGGUUUCAGUCACGUGAAUUUUCAUAGCAGUUUUACCGGAAGUGAAAUAGCUGGUGGUCUAAACGGCUGCCAUAGUGCAAACAACUAGCUAUAACUUAUCAGAGUAUACUCAUAAUCUAGAAGCCACUGCUCGCUUUAGAUAUAUUCAGAAGAGUGCUGUGUGCAAUGGAAUCGACCCCUACAGUCUGGGAAAGAAGGAUUUGUCAUACGAUCUCGAAAACUACCCUUCAGUCGAGUUCCCCGACAUCUCGAACUAUCUGGUGUUGCUGACGUCCUUCUACACCGCAAAACAGAUGAAAGUGUCACCAAGUUUUAGUAUGUCCGUGACUAGAUACAGGUGUGGUGGCAAGCAGUGAGUAGACAGACAAAGUUUAAGUUUCAAUAAAUUCUUAUUAUUUAAAGUUAACAGUAGAUGCACCUGUAAUUCAAAAACAUUAAAAUGAUAACCCAUGCAAAAAAUCCUUUAAAACUCAGUCCAUGCAAUAACUAAAAUCAGCGUGAUCCCACCACCAGAGCGCAGCAGAAGCAGCAAGCAAGCAACACGUGGCCAGCAGCAAUCCCAGCAACCAGCAAGCAAGGCGAUUAAGCAGGAGCAAGCGAUCCCAAAAUCAGCAGCAGUUAGCUUAGCAUAACAUGCUCGGUACCGUCCCUUCCAAUCAGCUCCUCCUCCCUACAUCAGGUUGGCACUGAACGAUGCCUCCGAAGGAGAGAAAGAGGGUCUCAGCAGUGGAGAGUGCCGUCACAGCCAACAGAAUCGUGGGUAGGCAAUGUAGCUCAAAAAAUGUACUUACUUUGCCUGGGUGUGGCUUAACCACGACCCAGAUGAAGUAUCAAACGCGUUCUACACACACAAUGUGGAAACCACAGUUGAAUGCCGGCACCCUCUGUUGCGCUCCGCUUGCUCUGCCGUGCUCUCUUUCCUGGUCGGUCACAUCUGGGUGUGGCUUAACCACGACCCAGAUGAAGUAUCAAACGCGUUGUACACACACAAUGUGGAAACCACAGUUGAAUGCCGGUGCCCUCUGUUGCGCUCCGCUUGCUCUGCCGUGCUCCCUUUCCUGGUCGGUCGUGCCUGGGUGUGGCUUAACCACGACCCAGAUGAAGUAUCAAACGCGUUGUACACACACAAUGUGGAAACCACAGUUGAAUGCCGGUACCCUCUGUUGCGCUCCGCUUGCUCUGCCGUGCUCUCUUUCCUGGUCGGUCGUGCCCCUAUUCCUCCUCGCUGGACCCCUAUAAAUAGGAAAAAAACCCACACCUACCCCACCUAUCCCCCAAUCAGUCUUUCCGCGUUUGUAAUAGAAUUGACUUUGCCAUUGUCCGAUCAUAAGGAACACCUGUGAGUUGUUAGUUUCAGGCCACACACUAAAUUAGAUCACACAGCAAACAAUCACAGCAACCGUGGAUUACACAGCACACACAAAAAAACACACUGUGACAAAAGUGUGUAAGAGUAUGGAGCCUUACAACUUUUUUUGUAUGUGGCUGGGUAAAGGACCUCAGCUUCAAGUCACUGCCGAAUGAAUCCUGUAUUGUUUUUGCCCGUGUAUGUUUUUUUUUAAAGCUUUUCGUUCACGUCUUUACAAUGAAGCGCUGCAAGUUGAAGUGUAAACAAACAACAGUUCGCUUGAUUCUCACUUGUGUUGGCUCUUAUCUCUCAGGUAAAUCAUUCACAAAGAUAAUCAGAAACCCCUUUAAAGACCUGGAUCUUAGUUAAACAAGACGGAGAAGUGAUCACGGCGCAUUGUAACUGUACGGCUGGGGAAGAAUUUUGUCACGGCCUUCAUGCAUAUGGACUUUGUAAGGAGUAAACAAAGAAACAGCUGGGGACUUUAGCACUUCAUGACUAAAAAAAGUACUGUGAAAUAACGACACAUAGCAAGAAAAGUACUUGGAAAACACUGAGAGGGAAAUGCAAACCUUUCACCAAGUGAUCACUGCAAACUCGAGCAUGCUCCGACUCGGCUCCCUUCGAUUUCAGUGAGAGGUUCAAAAGCCACCUUUCUCCACGUCUUUUUGUGAAAUCCUGUGUUCAUUCACCCUUUUUUAUUAGUUCACGGGGAACCCUGAAGGAACUUUUAUCAGUUUCAUGGUUUGAUCAAUUCGAACAACCUAAAACAAUGCAAGCGUAAGGCAUUUUUCAUGCAAGCAAUGCACCUUCUCCGUACAAACGCUUUGUCAACUGAGCUUUGGGAGACCACCAGCUAAAGUUUUGAAUAACUAAUGAGGCGGAUGUGACGUCACAUGAAACCCAGCAAUAAGCUAAAUGAACAGAAUAUGAAUAGAAAUAUAAAUAUAAAAGCAUAAAUGAAACAUGAAUGAGAUGUAAAUUAUAGAAAAAGUGCAAUCUGUUCCUGUACAUAUAACUGUAAGUUCUAUAAAUAAUAUAUUAUCUGUGACAUGCUGAAUGUCAGGAUCGACUGACACUGAGAUUCUUCAGUAAUACUGACAUCAAAACAUCUCAGUCACUUCAUCAUAUCACACAGAAGAAAUACAUACACAUCCAGAACACUCCUCUCUCUCUCUCUCUCUCUCUCUCUCUCUCUCUCUCUCUAAAGAGCAUUAUAUCUCUACGUCUUCCAUUCGAGUUGAAUUCAGGGGCUCUGGCAAUCUCAGUUGUUUGGGAUCUUUUUAACAGAGCAGUUUUAUGUGUGUGUGUGCGCGUGUGUGUGUGUGUGUGUGUGUGUGUGUUGAGGAUUGAUUUUGAUCUGUUUAGCCAAACUGAAACAUGAAGGAAUGUUGGUACACAGUAGACACAUAAUUCACUGAAUGUGUGGCAGCAAUAAGUGCAGAAUGUAAAAACGUCUCUCUUUGUGCUGUAUGGUUUUAACCUCUGAGGGCGGGGCUCUGUGUCUGUGUCUGUCAAUGUGCUGAUGUCGAAAACUUCAUCCGGAUAUCAUUAGUGCAAAACUGUCCAUGUUACUGAUGUUUUCAGGAACUAGGGAGAUGCUCUGAUCUCAAAAGGCAAUACUUGUUGUUCUUUCUUGUUUGUUCCAUGGAGAUUGCAGCUUAAUUUCUUUCUUGUGUCUCUCACCUGUGCACAUGUAUGUUUGGCAUCACACAAAGGGGGGGAAAAAAGCCAGAGAAGGCCGUACAUUUUCUCGAGAAGUGUGUUCCAGUUUCCAGUGGAGACACCACGAGUCGAACACGCACGUGUGCAAAUAUAGGUGUUGUUUUGGUGCAAAUUACAGCAGGACGUGAUGACUACGAUCGUUAAUUUUGAAGGAAUGCACGAUAGUUUAAUAUCUAUUUGUAAAUUAACUCCAGCAGAAAUAAAAACAAGAAUAGUACAUAUUUACGGUGCAUUAAAAAUGGCGUUCCGAGAGAACCGCUCGUCGUGACUGGAGAGAGCGUAGGGUACAGCAGCGUGUCAGGACAGCACUGUGUAGAAAUAAAUCAACUCCGAAAUGAACAGAAAUGGACAUGAAUGUUUGUUUGUAUGAGCACAUUUUAAACUAAAGCAGAAUUCCCUUUCGCUUGCUGUACUGGAAUGUUCUCUGGCUUGCAGUGCAAAUUUAUUGGCUAAGCCUUUUCCUCUAGACAUUCUUGCCGCCAUUGUUUAAUUGCUUAAGCAUGCCUAAGAAAUAUAGACUUAUAAACGAUAAAAUCAUGAAAUAUACAGUAUGCUUGCAGUGCACAUUCUUGUAGCCGUUCUUUUUGUUCUGACUUAAGCAUGCAUAAGCAAUACGGACUUAAUACUGAAUAGAACACAAUGUUAAAUGAAAACAACCUCGAAUAAACCUCUUAAGGAUGUUUUAGUAACUCUGUACUUAGCGCAAUGCCAUAUUACAUGAUCAAAUUUCACAAUAGGUGAGUAGUAACGUGAUAUGAAAAGAAACGAGUGCCUGCAUGUCUCAAGAGCAUUCUGGUGCAUUCAAAUGGCUCAAUGUAGUCUUUUAACCACCAAGUACACUUUACUGGUUUUAAUAUUUUAUUUCAUUAUUAUUAUUAUUAUUAUUAUUAUUAUUAUUGCUGUUGUUGUUGUUGUUGUUAAACCAUGUCAUUGUUAUCAGCAGAUGCACCAACUCUGUUGUUGUAUUAUUUAAAACAAACAAACAAACAAACCAACAAACAAACCCCGCCCACUUGGUCUGACGGAGCCAGCUUCACUGAUUUAUAUCUGUUAUAGACUGAGAACGGUUUGUGUUGCUGGUUUCUCAGUCACGGCCUGUGCACAUGGGGUUGAUGGAAGCUCAUCCUGCCAAAACUAAUACUUUCUUAUUGUAAAAUAUUGUGUGCCUAAAAAUAUAAAGUGACAUUUUUUUCAUCUAUAAAGAACACAGAAUUUUAAAAAUAGGCACACUUCUCCAGCAAACAAGACACUUAGACCUGAACUUUGACCCUUACAAGGCAGCGAAAUCAUGAGAUUAUGAAAUGACCAACUGGAACAGAUCCGUCUCUCACUGCCAAGCCACAGCUCCAUGAGAUCUGCUCUCCACUCGACACAUUCCACUCCAGAGAGCGCUCUCUCUUUUUAUACGCAAGUUUCAAGAUAAAGCUGAAAUUCAUAACAGAGCAAAACUAUUCUAUACCGUAGGAAACACACACACACAUAUAUAACAAGUACACAAUUAAAAGAAAACAAGUUUUUAAUCACAUAUUCAGUCAAUUUCAGCACUGAAACAAAAAUCCUAGCUUAUUGAUACCGUAUCUCUUCCCCUGUUGCACAGGUCCUCUGAAGGAAGUUUAAUUUUUUUUUCUUAAUAGAGCUUCUGAGCGUGUCUGUGUGUACAAACACUGGAGUAGUUGCUUAUUCACAACUUCACAAGAUCUGUCCUCAUGGCCUUGAAAAUGCUUAGAAACCUCAUUGAGAUGAGCUCUAGAAAGCCAUUGUGCACUCAGCUUCUCUGACUCUCUGUAACAGUCUGUCAUUCUCCUUUACUAUGCACUUCAGUAGCAGAUUAUAAUACUAAAAAGAAUAUCAGAAAUAAAGGUUUUCAUAAAAAAA